AUGACUCUAGCAUGCGUCGGCGAUCGGACGCGUCAUUAUUCCACGCUACCAGCGACGAAGCUUCGACAAAGUACAGGAAUAUCUCGUGUCGAUUUGCCAAAAGAAAACAUUAAUGUGACAAAACUACCCAAUGGUCUCGUUAUUGCAUCACUAGAAAAUCAUUCUCCUGUUUGUCGCGUGGCAGCCGUUGUUAAAGCCGGAGCACGUUAUGAACCAUAUGACAGUCAAGGCGUUACAAAUUUGUUAAGAAUUUAUUCAAAUUUAAGUACAAAAUAUGUGAGCCGAUUAGGUUUGACAAAGAAUUUGGAGAGAUUGGGAGCCAGUUUUAGAUGUACGCAAACACGUGAAAACAUGGUUUACUCGAUCGACGGUUUAAGAUCAAACUAUGUACAAGGUGCCCAGUUUCUUGCUCCCGUUGUUUGUUAUCCAGCGUUUAAACCUUAUGAAAUCCAUGAUGAGAAAGCACGAAUUCAAGUUGAUCGAGAUCUGUAUUUACAAACACCCGAACUCCAAUUAAAUGAUCUUCUUCAUGAGGCAGCAUUCAAAGGUGGUCUUAGUCGUCCACUAUCAGUUAGUGACGAAAUGAUAAAUAAAUUGAAUCAUAGACAAAUGUACACCUUUCAUUCAAAAUAUUUUACACCGGAUCGUGUAUCAUUAGUUGGAAUGGGUUUAAAUCAUAAUGUGCUUGCCCAAUUGGCUGAAAAAUUUAAAUUUUCACAAGAACAACUUAAGAGUACACCGGGAUUUGGCAAUUUAGCUCCAAUUGAAGAUGAACCAGAACCAGUUAAAUAUAAAGGAGGAGAAAUUCGGGCUGAUAGACCAUCAAGUACUGUGCAUAUUGCACUUGCAUGUGAAGGAGUCAGUUGGUCAGACAAAAAUCUAUUAUCUAGUGAAUUAAUCGGACAGGUCUUAGGUGACGGACCACAUAUUAAAUGGUCAGCUGGAGCGUCGAGAUUACAGAAAGCAGCCAGUGCUGUUGCAGAUAAUACAUGCGUUGUUUCAUCAUUUAAUCUUCAUUAUACCGAUACGGGAUUGUUUGGUGUUCAUAUUAUAUGUCAUAAAAAUGAUGCAGGAAAGGUUGUAAAAUCUGUAUGGAGUGAAUUUCAGAAGUUCGCUAAAAGUGGUCUCAAUGAAGAAGAAUUGAAAAUAGCUAGGAAAAAAUUGCAAGUGAGUACAAAUAUGAAAAUGGAAUCAAGUGAUUAUUUGUUAGAAUCUAUGAUAUUGAACCCCGAACAUUGUGAUAAAACUAGUGAUUUGGAAACAAUAACAAAUGAAAUUCAGCAAAUUAAAGUAGACCAAAUAAAUCAAUUUACAAAAAAAUUAUCUCAAAGUAAACUAACAAUGGCCGCUAUUGGAAAUUUGAAAACUUUAUUACAUUUAGAUGAUCUAAGACAAUAG